UUUUGGACCAACUCAAGCCCGCUUUUACUUUCUCUGGAUCAAAUGCCUCAAAUUGAGAAAACCCUAAUCAACACAAUUCCUCAAUUCACCCCACUUUUUUCUCUCUAAAUUCAUCUUCAAAUCUUAUUCGUAUAUGGCAGUGGUGCUUGAUUCGGUAACACCGGCUCCAACAACGGCUUCCUCUCUCGCUCCUGGGUUUAGGUUUCAUCCAACGGAUGAAGAACUUGUACGGUAUUAUCUGAGGCGUAAGAUUUGCGGCAAACCCUUCCGAUUUGACGCUAUUUCUGAUGUUGAUGUCUACAAAGUCGAACCUUGGGAUCUUCCAGGUCUGUCGAGGCUUAAGAGCAGAGAUCUGGAAUGGUACUUUUUCAGUGUCCUGGAUAAGAAGUAUGGGAAUGGGUCACGUACAAAUCGAGCAACUGAUAAAGGUGGUCGGGCUCCAAAGGGAGAGAGAACAAACUGGGUUAUGCAUGAAUACAGACUCAUUGAUCAGGAGUUGGAAAAAGCUGGAAUUGUCCAGGAUUCAUUUGUCCUUUGUAGAAUCUUCCGGAAGAGUGGUUCUGGACCGAAAAAUGGUGAACAAUAUGGGGCACCAUUUGUUGAGGAGGAAUGGGAGGAUGAUGAACUGGUAAUGGUCCCCAAGCAGGAGUUUGCUGAAGAUUUUCCUGUUGAUGAUGAUGAUGCCUACUUGGAUGCAAAUGACCUAGAACAGAUUCUUGGCUCAGACACACCAGACAAAGUUGCUCCCCUUCCAUUGGACUUGCAUGAUGGUGAUAAUCUCAGCAGUGCUGACGUGUCGACAGAAAUGAUUGAAGACCCUCAAAAGUUGUUGAUGGAUGAGGGUGAGGAUCAACAUCAAGCUGACAAAGAAGAUGUGCCUAAGUUGUUUGAUUUGCCUGUUCAGAAUGGAAUGGAUCCAAAAUCUGUGAAGCAUGAAUACAUUGGUGAAACAAACAAUGCCUCAGAUUUUGAUGUGGAUUACUUGCUUGAUGAGCCCUUUUUUGAUGCUUCUACUGGUGACUUUCAGUUUGAUGCAAGUUCAUUCCUCGAAGCAGAUGAUCUUAAAAACGAAGUCAAAACAGAACCCGGCCUUGAAAUGUUUGAUGAAUAUACUUCAUUUAUUAAUCCAACGAAUAACUUGGAAUACACUUUUGAUUCAAUAGACAACGAGGAUAUUCUCCCUGAAUCAUCCCUCAUUCUUGAGAAUGCAAACGAAGAUACCCACGAAGCAAUUGAAGCUACCCAGCAAUUCUUUGAAGGGCAGAACUGUAAUAUUGCUCCAACAAAGGUAGAGCAACCAGAUUUGGCAACAGGCAACAAUGGUGCCUCCUCUUCAGGCCAAGAACAUCAAGAUUCAGCACCUCACGAGGCAAAUGAAGCAAGCCAACAACCGUUUGAAGAGUUUGCAUACCCGUUUCUCCAGAGGGCGAGUUACAUGCUGGGGAACAUAUCUGCUCCACCAGCAUUUGCAUCGGAGUAUCCUUCAAAGUAUUUGGCAGCUGCUGCUUCACAAGCUUCAACAUCAGUUCGGGUGACCACAGGAAUGAUCCGUAUAAGAGAUGUUUCUUUCACAGGGACCAAACUGGACUGGUCAUUGGGGAAGAAUGGUCAUCUGGACAUUGUUCUGUCAUUGAGGUUGGAUCAGGAUCGAAGUGUUGUUGGAAAGGGGCAUUCUAGGAGUUGGUUUUUUUGCCUGUUUCUGUGCAUCAUGGUUGUUUCGUUGAGCUCCCAGAUCAGCAGUCUCAUCUGUCCAAGGUCAUACAUGAGCUGAAAAAAGAAAAUGGUCAAUGGUCAUCAGGAGAGGAGGAUAUAUGCUUCUGCUUCAUGGUUUAUUUGCUUAGUUUAGCAGCAUCUAUUUAACAAAUAAUCAUUAUCAGUCAUUUUGCUGACUGAUCUCUGAUUCUGGAAUUGGGAAAUGUUUAUUUUUGUUAAAAGUUGUUGGUAACAACAUUUGGGGAAGUUUUAAGUUUGACUGGAAGGAAAUAGUACAUCGCU